AUGUUUUAAAAGAAAAUCAAUGUCAUGGGAGUAGCAAAUGAUAAUGAAUUCGAAUUUUAAAAAAAGUUCACCUUAGCUGAACGAUAACUCAAAUAUCAAAAUGUUAUCAAUGCUGUUGGAGAAUAAAAAGCUUUGGUUGUAGUUGAAAAACACAAAAAAUCAAACAUUUAAUCUAACACUCAAGUGUAAUAGCCUUGGAAAAUAUUUGCGAUUGACAAAACUAAGAAUUUGGCAGAGUUUCUCCAUUGCAUCAAAUUAAAUGCUGCCAUCAAUAAAUAGACUAGCAUAUUUUUAUAUUGCAACAAUACUUUAUUAAUGUUGAGAGGUAUGUUAUAACUCUAUUUAGAUGAUUAAACUGUGGGAUAGAUAUUUGAUUCCUAGAAAAACAAGGAGGACAAUAUUUUAUAUAUAAAAUAUUCAGAUUUCGAGACUUUUGGAUUCUGA